CUCUACCUCCCCCCAAAACCUUAUUGCUCGCUCCAACAAUCGUUCGUUGUUCAUCGCAUCAAAAAAAUACGAAAGUUCAUUAUCAAAAAAUUGAGUAAUUGUCCAGAAUUUCGACGAAUGCCCUUCAUGACUGAAUUUUCACAUUUUGUCUCCGUUCAGUGAGGUGAAAAUGUGUGUGACGUACUCCCAUACGUGAUUACAACUGUUUAAGCAUUUUUUUUGGCACUUAAAUCUUCAAUUCGUCAGUGAUUUCUCGUAUCCAGUACAAAAGACUCGGAUUUAAUGUUGAAAUCGUGGAUACAUCAUUGUUGCGGUGCUUGGUUAGUUUAAGACAAUGAAUGUGAGCAAUAGUGGAAAUGCGGAGACUACCGGUGACAAGAGACAGCCGGAGCCUUCCCAAGUCCCUCCACACAGUCUAGCUACUAUCCAGAAUGUUCAUAGAAUCCAGACUAUCCAGAAUAUCGUGCAGAGCAAUGUCCAAACCAUCCAGCCAACCCAGAGUGUUGUCAGUACCGUGGCAUCAGCAAUCGUUGGAAAAUCCAUUUCGUUGGAUUUGAAUCCAAAGUUAUCCCUGAUGAAGUCAGUUGUGCAGAGUGGUGCUGCUGUGUCUGGUGAGUCUAACAAAAUCACCACCACACUGUGCUCAGUUGGAUCAACCGUGAGAAUCAUAUCCCCUGGCAUGCUGAGUACUGUGGAACGUCAGAAUCCAUCCCCAGGGCAGAAUCAAGCAGUUCAGGGAGUGCAGCAGGUUGUGACGACCAUUCCAGCAACGUAUCAUGUACCUAGGGGGCCAGCAGCUGUUGCAAACAUCUCGGCACCGAGGUCCACAGUUGCAACACCCAUUGUGAGAGCUAGUGGAGGAGCAGCCGUUGUGCCUAUCGCUAGACCAGGAGCUCCAACCGCAGUAACAGCCGCCCAAUGGCCCCCAAAGGCCUCAGUCGUCUACGCUCCACCCCAGCGUCAUCAAGUUCCUCCAGUGACUCGAGUAACAACUCGUCCUCAAACUGUCUACACCUCUCAACAGCCCCAGCUGGUGCCCCAAUCCCAAAUUCGUCCAGUCCAGGCGACAGUGGUGACAGCAACAGUGUCAGGAGGUGCCCCAAGACUCCUCACUCCAGUUCUCCAGUCAACAAAUGCCCUCACGAGAAUACCAGGGCCCCAGGUGCGUCCAGCUGUUCCUCUGGUAUCCACAGCAGCUUCAGCACCACCCCGACACUCCCCUCAAUCAAUUCAAUCGACGCAGCCCACGAGAACCCUCGCGAUGCCAGCGACAACGAACAGGGUCACGGUGACUGCACCUGUGGUAGGAACUGCUAGUAGAAUACCAGGAACAGCUUCUCUGACGGUUCAGCCAGCCCUUGGGAGACAACUCUCGUUGAAUCCACCCCCUGGGGCCACUACCAAUUUUUCGAGGGUUGUGAUACCCUCGCAGCAGGUCCAACAGACCCCAGGUCAUCAGCAAGGUGCCCGAGUAGUCCAGACGAUCACCUCUCUCGCCAACAUUGGAACCGUCUCCCGAGUGAUAGCAACGACAACCUCUGGCCCCAUCACCAACAUGGCACGAGUAACUCAAUCAGCACCAACAUCAGUCGCUAGGAUAACAGGAAUGACCCUGCACUCAGUGCCCCUAACUUCCCCCCGGCCAAGUCCAUCCCCAAUGAAGCCCCUGCAAGCCCAGACCAUCACCCAAACAGUUCAAAUAAAGUCAUCUGGCCAGCAGACCCUUCGAGUGACCCCAGCAGCUCCCGUGAUCACCACGACAACCUCCACCAUCGUCACCUCAGCCCCACCAGCAACGAUAAUAAUUAAUAACACGAACAAUAUCCCCAGCUCUCCGAAUCAGUAUCAGUACCGCCAGGGCCAGCCAGUGAGACUGCUGGUGGAACCCUCCCACGAAGAUAAUCACAGCAAACCCAAUGCAUCUCCAAGGCCGAGUAUCUUGAGGAAGAGGGACCACGACAGCUCUCCAGCGAAGUCGGUAGCGAAGAAUUUGGUGCCUGUCCUGACGACUUUGCCAGCUAGACAGCCCACUGGAAGUCCUCCAGCGUCACCUCGAGCCGAGCGAGAAGGAACUAACAGUUGUGGGUCUACAACGUUGUCUGCCACCAGCUCUCCACUGCUCGAUGAGGACCCUGAACAGUCCAGGGUCGGCGCGCAGAGUAGCGUGAACGAGAUGAGCCCGAGAAAGAAGCCCCGAAAGCAACAGCUCACUGGGGUCGAACUCACCGAGGCCAGAUGUAACGUCGAUGAGAUGCAGUUCAUUUGCGAGGACAAGAUCAAGAGGGAGAUCAAGGAAGAGAGGAAAGACAAAUUUGGGGAGAGGGAGGGAGUACAGACUGUUGUCGUCAAGGGGAGACCUACGCCUAGUCUUAUCGGUAAGGAUUCUUCGUGGAAAAACCGGUGGGGAGGAAGACUGCACCACUUCAGGCGACCUGGGGACGUCAGGCCUAAAGAGGAGAGGAGACCUACUGUUGCGGAAAUUGCUCAGCAGAAGUUUGUUCUCCAGAAGAUCAAUGGCUGGAAGGUGUAUCAGCUUACUGCCCAAAUGGAGGAUCUCGCGGAGUUGGAGAAACAGGUCCAUGAAAAACUAAAAUCGACUCUUCUGAUGCUAGAGUCCCAGCAUCCCUCAAAGAAUCGUCAAGACGAUGGUAUUGAGCGAGCUAAUGAGUUAAUCAAAGGAAAUAUGCAGAGAAGUAGUUUAAUAAGUGAAGGUAUGUGUGAGGCAAGGACUCAGCUUGUGACGAUAUUCCAACACAAGGAUCACGUGAGUGAUAUGUUGCAACGUUGUGGUAACAAAAGAUCCCAAAAAAAGAGGGAUAAAUGAAUAAAAUCCACUGGAUUCUUCAGGCUUCUCCAAGAUAACAUUUUGUGGAGAGUGAGGGACUAACUGUUUAUAUCUGUCAAUGUUUUUUUUUAAUCGUACAGAGAAUCGAUUAUAUUCAAUUAAUACAGGAGGUUUUUCAGCA